AUGUUAAUUUUUGUCUUUUUUUUUUGUCUCUUUCUCUUUCUUUUGUCUCUUUUUUUAUCUUUUUUUUUUGUCUUUUUUUCCUUAUCUUUUUCCAUAUCAUUUUUUCCUUUUUUUUUUUUUUUUUUUGCCUUAUUCUCUCUCUCUUUUUUUUCUUUUUCUUUUCUUUUUUCUUUUCCUUUUUCGUCUUUUCUAUUUUUCCCUUUUUCAUCUAUUCUUUUCCUUUUUUUGUCUAUUUUUUCUUUUUUAUCUUUUAUUUUUUCUCUUUUUUUCCUUUUUGUUUUUUUGUCUUGCUUUUUCCUUUUUGAUUUUUUGUCUUGUUUUUUCCUUUUUGUUUUUUUGUCUUGUUUUUUCUUUUUUUUUUUUUUCUUUUUUUUUGUCUUUUUUCCUUUUUUUUUUUUUUUUUUCCUUUUUGUCUUUUUUUUCCUUUUGUUUUUUUUUUCUUUUUUUUUUUUUUUUUUUUUGUCUUGUUUUUUUUUUUUUUUUUUUUUUUUGUCUUGUUUUUUCCUUUUUGUUUUUUUUUGUCUUGUUUUUUCCUUUUUGUUUUUUUUUUGUCUUGUUUUUUCCUUUUUUUUUUUUUUGUCUUGUUUUUUUUUCCUUUUUGUCUUUUUUUUUCAUUUUGUCUUUUUUCUUUUUGUUUUUUUUGUCUUGUUUUUUUUUUCCUUUUUGUCUUUUUUUUUCAUUUUGUCUUUUUUCUUUUUGUUUUUUUUGUCUUGUUUUUUUUUUCCUUUUUGUCUUGUUUUUUCCUUUUUGUUUUUUUUGUCUUGA